UGUCUAUAAACUGAAAAGUCAUGUGUUGUUUGUAGAUCUAGUCCAUACCAAUUGCAAGAAACAAAAGUUAAAGAGCAUUCCAAAGAGAACCCAUGGCAUCCUCACGUCUCUACACCAAAGUGGAUGAGAAGUGCUGGUCUAUAAUAUAUAGCCCUCAGUAUGAUAUGAAAAUCUGCGGUCUGGAGAAGAUUCAUCCUGCCGACUCCUGCAAAUAUCAGCAUAUAUUUGAGCAUCUGAAGAAAGCAGGAAUGCUUACAGAUAAGAAUCAUGCUGUUCCCCUUGAAGCCAAUGAAGAAGAACUGCUGUUGGCCCAUGGCAAAUCUUAUCUGAAUUCUCUAAAACAUCUGAAGAAAGCAGGAAUGCUUACAGAUGAGAAUCAUGCUGUUCCCCUUGAAGCCAAUGAAGAAGAACUGCUGUUGGUGUGGAGCUACAAUGUUAUGGCGAUAUUGGAAGCCCCCUUCAUAUUGUUGAUUCCAAAUUACUUCAUCCAGCGUUUUGUUUUGUCAAAAUUCAGGUACCAUGUUGGAGGAACAGUGCUAGCUGGAAAGUUAGCCAUGGAAAGAGGUUGGGCCAUCAACAUCGGUGGUGGUUUACACCACUGCUCAGGGAAUUCAGGCGGCGGACUCUGUCCCUACGCUGAUAUCACGUUGUGUGUUUACAUGGUCCAGAAAAAUUUCUCCCAAGUGAAAAAGGUCAUGAUCAUUGACUUGGAUGCCCAUCAGGGAAAUGGUCACGAACGAGACUUUAUGGACGAUAAAAGCAUUUAUAUCUUCGACAUGUUCAACAGUAGCAUAUAUCCUGGAGAUAGAGAAGCCAUGAAAGGCAUCACCCUCCCAGAGAAACUGUCUUCUGGAACAGAUGACUCUACCUUCUUGAAUCUUUUAGAAAGGAAUUUGGAAAAAGCCUUCAAAGAAUUCUCACCUGACUUCAUUCUUUACAAUGCUGGGACAGACAUCAUGGCUGGGGAUCCCACAGGACUCAUGGAAAUUUCUGAUAAAGGGGUAAUCAAGCGUGAUGAGCUGGUCUUCCGUGAAGCUUAUUCCCGCCGAAUCCCAAUAGUCAUGGUGACUAGUGGUGGCUUUCAACGGAGGGCAGCUGCCGUGAUAGGCGACUCCAUUCUCAAUUUGAGAGAUAAGGAGUUGAUCACUAUUGAACCAUGGCCUGAAUUCACUCAUUCCAAAGAUGGCAAUGAAAGUUGAGUGUGAUAUGCUUGGUGCCUAAAUUUGAGAUCCAUGUCAAAACAAUACCUGCAAUCAUAUGAAGCUGUGAUUCCUGUGAUUCCCAUUAAAGUACCUUAUUCAUUUGUCUCUUAAGUACAGGUAGGCCUGUAUAACUACUGGAAGGGUGUAAGAAAUGUUUCUGACUUAUUCAGAGCUUCUUAAUUGGAAUUAUCUUUGAUGAGUUAAACUAUUUUUAUGAAAUGACCUAGAGGGAGAGAAGCAAUUAUUCUCUACUGACUGAAAAAUUUUGCAACCCUGAUGUUUGUACUUAAGUAUAAAAGUUUCUCUUAUGGCCUAAUGCUAUGGACAAUAUAAGGCAGGUUUUAUUACUUUCAUUCCUUGUCUGUAACAUCAGCUAUAGGCCAACUCAUAAAUAGGCCUGGCUGUUUUCACGUGGUUUUGUUUAACUAGCCAGGGGAUGUGCCAAACACCCUCAACAACUAUGCUUUUUUACCCUCAGGCUGGUUCUGUUGUGUCCACAGAUAAAUGGACUGUGUGCAAGGAAUUGUCUGUGCUUAAUGGGAAGACUGUGAUUUAAACCCCUUGUGCAAUGUUAAUCUUCUAUAUGGUACAAGGUUCCGGUGACUAAAUGUUCUCCUUGGUGAAUGUGAUCAAUUAGGAGAAAACUGUAAGUCACAUAUAUUGAUUUUGAUCAUUUUUGCUUUUGAUUCUAGUUAUAGCAAAGAGAUUUGAACUUGGCUGACUUGAUGCAUUUUGAUGAAAAUAUUUGGCAUGAGAAAUAUAACUCUGGCAAUUGCCUUCAUCUUACUGAGUUGGGACAACUUGAAAUGUAUUUGUUGAUAUUGAAUGCUGUCAAUCUUUUUUUGUUUGUCAUUGUAAGUUUCGUUUCUAUU